CAUUGACCUUUUUUCCGUCUCGCGGGCAAUGAUGAGUGACAGAACAAUUGUGUGCUUACUCUUAAGAGAGUUGUGGGUGGGCAAGGAGGAAGAGGAGGCGGUGGUGAAGGAAAGGGAGGCGGUCGAGGCGCCGAUACCUCGGGAUGAAAUGUUCAACGCACAUGCGCAGCCCCGGGUGUGAAGUACGUCAGGCCAAGCAGGCCAGUGGCGCUGUAGCAGUGGUCGUGAGUGGCGGCGCGCUCGACUAUACUUGUCGGCGGGGGAUAAGGGCUUCCUUCUCACACUUUCAAGCCCCUGCCCACUCUCCCUGGCAGCCCUGCCCAAGCGCCGGUGCUUAGUGUUGGCUCCUCCCGUUCUGCAUGUAAUUACUGUGAGGUGCACUGUGGGGUGGAGUGAGAGCGCUGGAGUGUAGUGAGUGUGACGUUGCCUGUUCGAGAGGGAAGAGCAGAGACCUGCAGCACCUGCAUCAAGAGGACCAUGAUGCUGGAGGCAGCUAUGAGGGCCCCCAGGAGAGCUUAGUGCCAGGCGGCCUCGUCGUCGUCGUCCGCGCCUCACUAAAGGAGAACUGUUCCAUUUGAGGCGAAGUUCAGCGGUCGCAGUCCUGACACAGAAGGUGCCCUGAUUCCUCACAUUAAUCAAACACCUCGAAUCACCACACCUUCGACCUACCAUGGCACCAACCACGUAGCGGGGGUGGAGAGUAGGAUGCGAGGGCAGGCCAGGUCGGUCUCGGCAGACAUGAGGGAGCCAGUGGCUGCACGGUGUGCUAUUGGGCCGGGUCACGGUCCUCUGCUGCCCCUCGUUCAAGGAGGGCACUCAUCUGCGCCCCCUAGGCAAGCAGGGGCCACUUUAAAGUGUCGGUCUCGGUGCCAUCAAUCCAGCAGUCUCGGCGAGACCACCACUAUGCAUAAUGCCGGCGCCACCACCACCACACACUCAUGCCUGUCACCACGUCUGCCACACACAGCAGCGGCAGGAACAGGGUGCCGUGGACAAAAGACUAGUUGGUUUGGGCGAUCAGGAUCAGGAACUUGGUCCCACGUGCGCCCAAUUCCUGAAGCCCGUCCAGUGUGGUCGUGGCGAGCUGAGGAUGCGACGGAUGCUUCUCGACGCACCAAAAAGAGUCCUUCUGCGGGGAGUGGAGUCCUGCGGGCGCGGCCACCCAUCUCCACCUCCCACAAGCUCCUACUGGCCAGUUUCUUGGUGUUGGUUGGCCUGCUGGCACCCGCCGAGUGUGGUAACCCGGAUGCCAAACGUCUUUACGACGACCUGCUAUCAAACUACAACAAACUGGUGCGGCCCGUCGUGAACGUGACUGAUGUGCUCACCGUCAGAAUCAAGCUCAAGCUCUCCCAGCUGAUUGACGUGAACCUCAAGAACCAAAUCAUGACGACCAACUUGUGGGUGGAGCAGUACUGGUUCGACUACAAGCUGAUCUGGGAGCCCGAGGAGUACGGAGGAGCCAAGAUGCUGCACGUGCCCUCUGACCACAUCUGGCGUCCGGACAUCGUGCUCUAUAACAAUGCUGACGGGAACUUCGAAGUGACUCUCUCCACCAAGGCGACGCUCCACAUGAAUGGCCUGGUUGAGUGGAAGCCGCCUGCCAUCUACAAGUCCUCGUGUGAGAUCGACGUGGAGUAUUUCCCCUUCGACGAGCAGACCUGUGUCAUGAAGUUCGGCUCCUGGACCUACGACGGAUUCCAGGUCGACUUGCGCCACCUGGACGAGAUAGAAGGAACGAACGUGGUGGACAUUGGCGUCGAUCUCUCAGAAUUCUACCGGUCUGUAGAGUGGGACAUCCUGGAGGUGCCUGCCGUCAGACACGAGAAGUUCUACACGUGUUGUGAUGAGCCCUACCUGGACAUCACCUUCAACAUCACCAUGAGGCGGAAGACGCUUUUCUACACCGUCAACCUCAUCAUCCCCUGCAUGGGCAUCUCCUUCCUCACCGUCCUUACCUUCUACCUGCCGUCAGACUCAGGCGAGAAGGUGACUCUGAGCAUCUCCAUCCUCAUCUCUCUCCAUGUGUUCUUCCUGCUGGUGGUGGAGAUCAUCCCGCCGACCUCCCUGGUGGUGCCGCUGCUCGGCAAGUACCUCAUAUUCGCCAUGAUCCUCGUCUCCAUCAGUAUAUGUGUGACGGUCCUGGUGCUUAACGUCCACUUCCGGUCGCCCCAAACACACAAAAUGGCGCCCUGGGUGAGGAGGGUGUUCAUCCACAUACUGCCGCGGCUCCUCAUCAUGAAGCGGCCCCAGUACCAGCUCAAACACAGCAGCAGUCUGAAAAGUGAAUUCAAAAGCCUGUUGACGCCAGGAGGCACCACCAAGCCCAACAGUGUGUUCCUGGAGCCCAACCGCGUCAUGAUCAGCACUUGUAACGGGAACGAGAUGCAGGACAGCUUCUACCGGCCGCAGUUCGACGAUGGCCUCUACAAAAACAACGAAAACCCCAACCUGCCGUACGACACCCCGCUACACCGCCGCCCCAACGACUUCUCCCCCAUGACGGACGGGCCUUUCUCCACCACCUGUCGUAUCCACGGCUCCACCAACAUCCACGAGGACGCCUACACUCUCGAGGACGCCGACAAAAGCCCCACUUUUCGUCCCUUCCAGCACAACCUGCCCCACUGCUCGCCGGAGGUCCACCGCACUUGCUGGUGUGUUAACUUCAUCGCCGAGCAUACUAGACUCAAGGAGGACUCUACCAAGGUAAAGGAAGACUGGAAGUACGUGGCCAUGGUGCUGGACCGACUAUUUCUGUGGAUUUUCACGCUGGCGGUGUUGGUGGGCACGGCUGGCAUCAUCCUGCAGGCGCCCUCUCUCUACGAUGACCGGGUGCCCCUGGACAAGCUCCUCUCAGACGUGUACCGCCAGCAGCGCUUGAAUGUUUAAGUCAUGUUGCUGUGUGGCUGCUCCCCCGACUCCUCCUCACCCCCUCCGUCACCACCAUCUACUCCAGCAGACUUAACUAGCUUCCGAAGACAGGUGCCUAAGAAAGGUGGCAUUCACAGGAGCCAGGAUAGUCGAGGACGGCAGCUGUGGCCAAACAAAACCCUAGACUCUAUGUAGCUGCUCGCCAGGUGACCACCAAGCAUACAUAGACUUCCCUGAUACCGGACCAAGCUUGAGCAAGAAACUCCCUAGUGGCUGUUCAGAGCUCGCCGGUGUGGAAGAUUCAGAGUUCACAGUGGAGGCAGAGGUUUGAAGUUUUUGUACUACUCUGUAACCCUCGUGACGCUCUCUCCUGUCGGGGCUGACGAGAACGAGGACCCUCCCUUCCUUCUUCCCCCGGCGUGUGCGUAGACGAGAAGCUCUGUUUUCUAUGAACCAUUGAGAUUUUGAUAUAUGAACAGUGUUAAGAUACUACCCAGUGUAACAAAUAUGUGCAAAAUUUACAGUGUGUAGACCUUUUUUUUUUAACUCUCUCUCUCUCUCUCUCUCUCUCUCUCUCUCUCUCUCUCUCUCUCUCUCUCUCUCUCUCUCUCUCUCUCUCUCUCUCUCUCUCUCUCUCUCUCUCUCUCUCUCUCUCUCUCUCUCUCUCUCUCUCUCUCUCUCUCUCUCAGAAUAUAGCUGUCAACCAUUACAUUAUCCACGUUCUUCCACCGCACAAUCCAUCAUCGCAGACCGUGUCACGAUCAUCCGAGUCCUCACCAUAUCAGCCCCAUCACCACCACCACCACCACCACCACAACAACCUUCCUCAACCAGCCAUCAGUCACCAUUCUAAUAUAAUACCAUACACCACACCGCCACCCUACCUCUCCUUUCACCACACACCACACACACACACACACACACACACACACACACACACACACACACACCACUGACCUAUGUUUAUCAUCACCAUCCUCGCCCACCACCACCACCACCACCACCACCAUCCAUCCAUCCAUCCCCACCUUCACCCUCUCCGCAAGACGGGCUGAACGGUACACAAUUGCUGUAUCGCGCAUCACCAACACACCACCGUCGCGCGUGGCCGCCCAUCGCCCUCAGUGGAAUUGUGAACGGUGGUAAAGACAAUCAUUGACGAGGAAAGUUAGUGGAUGAUGCGGUAGAGAGAGAGAAACAUUAACAGCUUGGAAGACUUGGAAGGAAGGAGGAUAUAGGCAGAAGAGAAAGAAAUAGUGUGUUAUAGAAAGACAGUUACGAACAACUGCCGACCUGCUGCUGUUGCUCCUUGCUGUGUAAAGACGGACAGUUUUGAAGGAUUUUGCUUGUACAGUAAAAACGUUAUGAUUGGCUCUUGCGAGGACGACCAAAGAACUUUUGUGUUACGAGGACAAUAAAUGACAUUAGAACUCUGUAUUGUGAGAUCAGGUGUGGAGAGUGAAGUGAGUUCCCAAGACUUCAGGACUAUGGAAGAACUGUAACUCAUUUACCAAGACGACCACAAACUUUUUAGUAUUAUAAAGACGACAGUACGGUCAGAGUUACGAAGACGAACAUGGAAUGCGUGUAUUGUAUGGGUGACCAUGGAACUGAUGCUUUGAAUAGCAAGGAUGACAAGAGGACCGUGUAUUGGGAAAACAAGAUGGGGUGUUGUGGUGUCACUAGUAGGGUUGGAGCGCCGCGCUGCUGUUGCUACUGCUGUUCAGUAUGUGUGUGUGUGUGUGUGUGUGUGUGUGUGUGUGUGUGUGUGUGUGUGUGUGUGUGUGUGUGUGAGUGGGCAGCUAGUCCAUCCGCUCUUCCCCGUGACUGGCCUCAGCAGUGCCCCGCGGAGGUGAAUGAGUCUGCAUCAGCGCGCUGCUUGUUCAGGUGAACGAGGCGGCUCUCCACUCCAAGUUGUAAGACACUCGUGUACUUUUGAAUAUUUUGUAUGAUAGAAUAGACCAAAUAUCUCGUCUAUAAGUGACAGUAAGGACAUGGAGUUUAAUCGGGUGAGAAUGCUUCUUCGAGAACUUGUGUGAUUUAGAAUCUGUGAGUGAUAUCUUAGGCAAACAACUUGAGUUUGCUUUGUAGUGCAGAGCAGGCGAAGUGAUUUUUCUGACUAACACUCUCAUCGGACCAGCUGGAAACGUGGAUACACCAGGAGUGAUCUGCCUCCCCUGCGGGGCACCAGCCGGGCCACCGCCGCGCCGCUAAAAGUUGCAAGAUGACGAGUGACAAACUAAAGAAAGAUCUGACCCACCGCGGCUCCGUCAAUCGGACUGAGGCGGGCCGCGGGGGCCGCGGCGCCAUCUCCGGGACCCACACUACUCUAACACUACAAAUACUGCAGUAUUCAGUAUUGGAGUCAUGAUACUGUAAAUUGAUAUAUCAAAUUGUUGUUGAUAAUGCUAGAAUGAUUGACAUUUGUGAAGCCAAUGGCAUUGUUAUUAUAGAAAUGACAGAGUUUGUUGUUAAAACCUAUAUGAUCAGACUGUUAAGUAUUUUAUGAUACUGAAAAAUCUGUAAUGUAGGUGACACUCAACAAUAUUUAUGCCCAAUCACUGAGGACUAUUAUCGUAUGAUAAUUGUGUAAUUGGGGUAUUUAUUUUUAUUGCCAAACUUUAUAAUAAUCCUUGCCUUUGUCUUCUUGUACAGAAUAUAGAACAUCUUGUUGAUGCUGAAUGUUUAGUACGCUAAAGGUUAGCAGAUCUUAGCCUUAUGCAUUGUUGUAAUAUGGCUCAGUUUUCUACUCCGAGAAAUUGUCUGACGAGCUCAACUUUAGGAAUGUAUAGGCUGACGGGGAUCUUAUUCUGCCGCAGCUGUGAAGGCGGCCUGGACAUCUUUGUGUGUGUGUGUGUGUGUGUGUGUGUGUGUGUGUGUGUGUGUGUGUGUGUGUGUGUGUGUGUGUGUGUGUGUGUGUGUGUGUGUGUGUGUGUGUGUGUGUGUGUGUGUGUAUGUGUGUGUGUGUUUGCGGACGCCUACUUACGUGGAUGCGUGUAUGCAUGCAUGCGCGAAUGUACGUGUGUGUGUGUGUGUGUGUGUGUGUGUGUGUGUGUGUGUGUGUGUGUGUGUGUGUGAGCGCCUGAAGGUAUCAGUGUCGUGCUUCCCCUUCAGACGCAGCAGGAGGUGAACGCCUGGAGGGUAAGCGCAGGUCCAGGUCCCCUCCGCUAAGAAUAAGACAACUCUCGUCAUCGCUGGGCCGCCGAGGUCACGCAGCAGAGAAGCGGGUACACCAUCAUACAUAGGAUACAUUUUUGACCUCAUCUCAGACAAUGGUUUUUGUAUUGUGACCUGAGAGAUUUGGAUCACACUCCCCUGUUGUCCACUUAGUCGCUACAUAAUAAGUAAGAAUGCAUAAUGGAACGCUCUGUGACGCUACUCCGACACCCGCUGUUUGAGUUACGGUCCAACUCGGUUAAUCAAAAUCUCUUACGUUAAGCACCACCCGGAGAACAGCCGCUGCCACACCCUCGCUCUCCCCAGCCAUCCAGCAACCCAGUGAGGACGACAUAGUAUUGCUGGUUCUGAAUCGUCUCACUAAAUCCCUGUUGCAUAUAAAGUAUUCAUGAUUAGAAAUAUUAUGGUGAAUGAAAUACUUCUUUCUGUGCGAAGUGUUCUCCGCCUCCCUUGUAGAAAUUUAUUUCCUUAUAUAAAUUACACAUCCAGUGUUUAUUUAUAUGGAAAAUAAUGCUUGGCAGUUUUGAUUACGAAGUGUUAAUAGGUUUUGAAUUAGUGGUGCCGGACUGUUUACUUCGCGGGCACCGCAGGCGGCCGCCGCACACUGCGCUGCGCCGCUCUGUGCUGACGUGUUUGUUCUAUUUGAUGUUUGAAAUUGAAAAACUCACAUACUUCUCCGUUGGUGUGAUUAUUUUUAAGUUAUAAUGCUAUGUACUGAGACGAACCUUGAUACAUAUAUCUAUGGUACUUCCACGGUGACAAUACACUGUGACGACAGCAAGCUGGCGCGCGCCGCGCCUCCGUUGUGCUCAAAACUUCCACCAAGAGGACUUCAUUUGGUCCUUUUCCAAAGCCGUAUGAAAAAAAAAAUUAAUGCGAGAUCAAGACUUUCCUUUGUACAUUGAUGUUAGGCUGAGUUUUAUGCGUAAGCACGAAAAUCCCAGCCAUUGAAGGUGUGGACGAGCGCCGCCGCCGCGUCGCUGCAAGCGCCAAGGCCGUCAGGACUUUUGGGACAGAGGUCACGAGCUGGGCGACACGAUUUUUGCGUAUCCUACAUUGGGCCGGUACCAGCAGAGCGGGGCGGGAGGUUUACACGCAGCCACGGCCACCCCCGAAAACUGUUGGUCACGGUCAGUGUUGCAUUAAUCAGUUUUACAUUGUUAUAGUUGAUUUCAUACGAAUAAACAAGUAACUGGUAAGUUAUUUGAAUAUGUUCUUAGCUAACGCAUUGAUGACUGGUGAUGCUAAGUGCUUAUCAAAGCGAGUCUGAUAAAUUUAGACUUUCUGUAAAAUUUUUAAAUCCAAAAAGUAUUAUGAAUGAUUUUUAGUUUUGGACAUACGAACGUGAAAUAGAGGCAAGUGUACAUAAUGUGAAUCAAACACACACACACACACACACACACACACACACACACACACACACACACACACACACACACACACACACACACACACACACAUUAUUUUCUAAAUAUGUAAUGAUUAGGCAUUUCGAUUAUAUUUCGUUUUGAGUUAAAUUAAGUUUUCAAAGAUGAAAAUUAAAAAGUUUGUGGGCGACCCUUUGUAACCCAGGCAUGGUGCAAUGUGUGUGUGUGUGUGUGUGUGUGUGUGUGUGUGUGUGUGUGUGUGUGUGUGUGCGCGCGCGCUCGUGCGUGCGUGCUUGCGUGCGUGCGUGCCGGGGUAGGGUUCAGUACGGUCCACAUUGUAAUGUUAGCGAGCCUCGGCCUGGCCCAGGGGGUGUCCCCCAGCGAGGAGCCUCGCGGCGGCAGCUCGUUCCCGCGCCUCGACACAAGGUUCCAUUAACGUUGUGCAUCAAAAGUGAAACACAUAUGGAUUGUUUUCUAUGUAGGAUAUCUGGAGAUCCUCUUAGUCAAACACAGCCAUUAAGAACAUCAUAGUGGUUCUUAAUUCCUAUAAUCAGUAUUAAUGUUUUAAUUUCAACUGUAUAUCUCUGUUCAGAGAUGUUUCCCCUCAGAGUUUAGUGUUGUUACUCAUGAGUAUUAGAACCCCUCGAUUUUUUCAGAGAAUAAAUUUGAAACAUUGUUUGUAAGGAAUUGAAUUUUGGUGUGCAUUGAGCUGCUUUUGUUCUGAGACAUGAGCUGUUUCGUGUUGAGUUGUCCCUUCUGACAAUGUAUACAUGAAGCCAUCAGUGACUCUGGGCUCUUAAGGUGAUGCUUCGUGUUGUGCGUGGGCGACCAGCGGCUCCCUGCGGGGGUGUCGGUGUGGCGGGGGAGGGAGGGCGCCGCGCCCGCCGCCGUCUGGGGCUGGCAGGCGCCCGCACCUCAGGGCUGCUGGUCGCGGAGCCCGCCCGGCCCCGCCCUGCUGUCGGAUUUGUAUUCCGUUGAACUGCGCUCUGUAGUCAUUUGUUUAUAAUUUGCAUUUAUAGAAGGAUGAAAUAAUAUACAUAUGCAAUGA